AGCGCGACGUCUCGGAGCAGCUGGGGAGGCUGCUGUCAGAGCGGAGCUAACCUAGCUGCUGUUAGCCGGCUAGCUCACGCCGGGAGAGCCCGAGAAGCGAACCAUGGCGGGUGUGCACGCCCAGGACGACCUGCUGAAAAUGACACACAGAGAAAACUGGAAGGUGCAGCAUGAGCGUCUGCAUGUGAAGCACAGGGGUCAUGAGGCCAUGCAUGCAGAGAUGGUGCUGAUCCUCAUCGCCACGCUGGUGGUGGCUCAGAUCGUCCUGGUGCAGUGGAAGCAGAGGCACCACCGGUCCUACAACCUGGUGACUCUUGUCCAGAUGUGGGUGGUGCCUCUUUACUUCACCAUCAAACUCUACUGGUGGAGGUUUCUGUCCAUGUGGGGCAUGUUCUCCGUCGUCACCAGCUACGUCAUCUUCAGAGCCACUCGCAAGCCGCUGUCCUGCAGGACGCCGAGGAUGGUGUACAAGUGGUUCCUGUUGAUCUACAAGCUGAGCUAUGCCGUGGGCGUCCUGGGCUACCUGGCCAUCAUGUUCACCAUGUUCGGCUUCAACGUCUUCUUCAGGAUCAAGGCAGAGGACUCUAUGGAUGUUGGUGUAAUCAUGCUGUUUUAUGGGCUUUACUACGGCGUCAUGGGCAGAGACUUCGCUGAAAUCUGCUCCGACUACAUGGCUUCUACUAUUGGGUACUACAACAAGGGAGGCAUGCCCAGCAGGAGUCUGACCAAUGACAUCUGUGCAGUGUGCGGUCAGAGGAUCCUGGUGGACGUGGAGGAGGAGGGAUUUAUAGAAGACACCUACCAGCUCUCCUGUGGACACAUAUUUCACGAGUUCUGCAUCCGCGGCUGGUGCAUCGUGGGUAAGAAGCAGACGUGUCCGUACUGCAACGAGAAGGUCGACUUGAAGAGGAUGAUGAACAACCCCUGGGAGAAGACACAUGUUCUGUACGGACAGCUGCUUGAUUGGCUCAGGUACCUGGUUGCCUGGCAACCCAUCAUCAUCGGUAUCGUCCAUGGAAUCAACUUCUCCCUGGGCCUAGAAUAGAUCCCUGAGGAACGCCGCUGUAAGUAUGUCCUGGAGGCGGGAAAUGUGCAGAGCUGUUCGGCAGUCUGGGCUACGAGGACCUGAUUCAGGCUGCUUCUCAAGUCUUUUGUUCCCCCCGUCCAUGUUUGACUGAACGCUCGCACUGUUUCCAGCAGAGUGGUCCCAGGUGGUCCAGGUCUCUGUGUGCAGAGGACACUGUGACGCUAAAACUGCUGCCAACUUGAACAAAGAUGCCGAAGCACAGAUCCAGUAUUUGGUCAUUUCACCGCAGAAAGAUGUGUCUCGUUUGGAAGUUCUGGAAACGUCGCCGUCAUGCAUGUUGUUUUUACGGCGAGGAAUCAUUGCUUCACUUUGUACUGUGUCAUAAAAAUGCCUUUUAAACCGUUUUUAUAGUUUGCACGCUUUUCACCUCUGGUCCUGUUGACGCCGCCAACACGAGUUUCUGCUCAAAGUGUUCUUGGAGCUGCUGCAGAUCAGCGUCAUCAGAAAAAGGACAGUUCUGUCUGAAUUGUUGUUUUGUAACCUGUUUACAUCUCACCUAACUUUGGUUGUUGCAGUUUUGUCUGGGACGUCUGUUCUGUUCUGUUUUGGUUUGUACGAAGCUAAAGCUGAUGGUCAGCUUAUUGUAGCAGUUGGAGCCAAUCUGACACUGUUCUGUAUCUGAGGAAGACUCUUCAUCACAGCAGCUGACGCUCACUGUCGGCGGUGCAGAGGAGACUCACCUGCAGGAAUUGAUUCAAGAACAGGUGGUAAAGAUCGGAGAGGAAGAGUGGACUCUUUGCAAUGCUGUUCUUCCAGCAUGGCAGCAUGUGUCUUAUAACUAUGUUAACCACACAUUAGACACCACCAACAGGUUUGCUCAGAUCCUUUCGCUGUAGUGAUCCAACAGGAAGAACGCUUUCUUUUGCCAAAUCAGGCUGACGUUGCUUUGUUACCAAGACUGCUGCUAAUAUUAACUUUCUAUUUAUUAAAUAUUUA